AUGUCGACUACUUCUACAUACCUCCAACUCGAUGAGUUGCAAAAGACGCCUACCACUUUCCAUCACGGCCUUUAUACCGAGUCGAUCUCAGAUUUUACCAAUGAUACAACCUCUAAAAGCGAGGCCCCCUCGCCACGGUCGGAAGUGUCGAGGCAAAGUGUGCUCCUCUUGAAGGGAGCCCGCGAACAAUACUCCCUUGUGAAUGACCAUGCCAUCCCUUCUGUCCUACAUCAAGGAGAGAUUCUUGUCAAGGUUCUUGCGAUCGGCCUCAACCCUAUCGACUGGAAGGGACCGGCAUUCAACUUUGGUAUCCCCAGUUUACCAUGGAUCAACGGACGUGAUCUCGCUGGCCUUGUCCUCCAAGUUCCAAAGAGGUCAUCACGUCUCAAAGUAGGCGAUGUCGUCCUUGUCCCGUCAACAGACUACCGCGAUAUCAGGAAAGCAGCAUUCCAAGAAUAUGCCGUUGCGACAGACUUCAACGCUGCACGAAUUCCAGCUUCAACAUCUAUCCACGCCUCAGCUUCAGUAGGAGUAGCCUACGUGGCUGCCGCACUAGCCCUAGGUGUAUCAUUCGGCCUCGACUUCUCUCUCAUUAGAAAAGUCCCUGGCCCCAACUUGCCCAACAUCAUCGAACAGCUUAACACAAAUGAUAUACCCGACGACAUCAGAGAAGAGUGCUUUGCUUCAUUCCAAGACUCAGAAAAACUACAACCGGGGGAGUGGGUUGCCAUCUGGGGAGCUUCAACAACAACGGGCCUAAUCGCCCUCCAACUAGCCAAACUCGCCGGGCUACGUGUAAUCUGCGUAGCAGAUGCGGCCCGACACGGCACGAAACUCGUACAGUCCGGCGCAGACCUCCUAGUCGACCGCCAGGAUCCCGACCGCGCAGUAGAAAUAAUCCGGGGCGUCACCGGCGGCAAGCUACGGUAUGCCAUUGACAUAGUCGGCAAAGACACAGCAACACAGCUUGAAAAGACUCUCAACCCUGAUGGUCAUUCUCAUCUUCUUGGACUUACUGGUCUGCCCAAGGAGCGGAAUCCCGGGAUACAGUAUCACACUGUGCCUAUUAAGCUCUUCCAUACUGCUCCUGCGGUUGGUGAGGCUAUGGUUUGCUGGUUGGAAGAUCUGCUGCAUACGACGAAUCUGACGUUGCCGGAGAUUGUUCGUGCUGAGGGUGGAUUGGAGGGGAUCAAUUCGGCGCUUGAGACUUUGAGGAGUGGUUCUGUUUCUGGGAAACGGAUUGUUGUUGAUCUUGCUUCUUCUUCGUUUUAG